ACGAGAGCGCGCCAAAGUGCAUCAACACCAUGGCGAAAGCGACGUCAAGCGUGUGAAUAUUUUUUUGUUUUCUACGUGAUAAUGUUGUUAACCGCUUGUUUGUAAGUUGAAAGACUCGAAAUAAAGUAACUUAAAGUGUCUUCGUAUUGUCUAGUGCCAACACUGAACAUUAAAAGUUAGAAGUUUUGUGUGUGAAGUUGUAACGAACUCUCGGAUCACUUUGGAGUUCAGGUGUCAACGAGGAUGAUAUUCUCCUCAUAUACGGCACCAUUCAGCUAAAAUUUUAAGAUAGUACGCAGCAAAUAGAAAAGACACAAAAAGCAGUCAUGCAGCGGCAUUAAGCUGCUACACAGGUGGUGUCUCGCCAUGCAGCGCGCGGGUGGGAGAAGGGCCUGUGCGCCAUGAGCCACACUCCUAUAGGCGGCCACCCGCAAGGUUGGGAGCACAAGCUUGCUGACAGGUCGUCGCUGCCGCCGGCUUCUGGGGAGGAGAAGAACAAAUCUCAAUCCAAAUAUGUGUUCGCACAACCACAUCUGUCCAAGGUCAGCAUGGCGUGGCGCGAGCAGACGGAAGGGUCGUCGGGGAGCUCGGCGCGCUCGCCCGCCUCGCCGCCCUACAUGCGCUGGGCACGCAGUCUCCACGAACUGCUCGAGGACGCGGAAGGAGUCCGUUUGUUCCGCAAGUACGUCAGCGGCGCGGGCGGGCUGCACGUGGACCGCCUCAACUUCUACUUCGCCGUGCAGGGGCUGCGCCAGGAACACGAGCCUGCCAAGAUACGGCAGGUCGUCUCCGCUAUUUACAAAUUCCUGCGCAAGUCUCAGCUAGCGAUGCCGGAGGAGCUGAAGCAGCACGUGAAGCAGAGCCUCAAGGAUGGCUCCAACAUCGAGAAGACUAUAUUCGACAAUAUGGAGCAAGAGGUGACGCGUGCGAUAACGGAAACGACGUACCAGUCGUUCUUGCGGUCGGACGCGUACGUGUCGUACGUCAGCGCCGCCACGCAACCGCUGUCAUCGCCAGACGCCUCGCCGCCGCAUCCACCCAGAGAGAACCCUUUCCCCCAGCAGGCGGCGGUGGGCGGGCUGGCCACGCUGCACGAGGGCCAGGAGCUGGGCGCGGGGGGCGCGGGGGGCGCCGCCCCGGCCGCACGACUCACGCACGACGCACUACUUGCGACACAGUCGCGCCGUCUGCACUCCGACGUCGCACCUAGACACCGCAAGCGCUCGGUGUACAGUGCGCACGUGUCGUACGCGGGCUACUGCCCCGCCUCGCGCCAGGACUCGGAGCGCGCCAGCCUCAGCAGCGGACGGACCGACUCCGACGCCAUCUCGCUCUCCGGCAGCAGUGUCGAUGGCAUGUCAGUGCGCAACGUACGCGAGCCGCGCGAGUCCAGACACCGGCCGCGUCUGCACGGCCUCGACCGACACGCUGUCAUCAACAAGGAACAGGAUACUGCCAUGGUGAUCCCCCGUACGGCGCGGGUACAGUCGGAACAGUUGCGCGUGUUGCCGCCGGCGGAGUUCGCGCCGCUGCUCAUUGAGAAGUUGGAGCGCGUGCGGCGCGACCAGGAGGCCAAGGAGAGGCUCGAGAGGAGGCUCGCUGAGGGUGAUGUAGAAGAAGCUUCGAGUCAAGUAUUACCACCGCAGCUAGUCGCGGCCGCCAUCCGAGAGAAACUACAGCUUGAUGACGACAACGAUCAAGAUAUCCUCGACCAGCACGUGUCCCGCGUGUGGUCGGAGCGCACCCCGGGCGCGUCCCCCCCGGGGGGCCGGCGCGCGCGGCCCCGCCCGCACCCCCCGCACGCCGCGCGCCGCGCGCCCUCCGCGCUCUCCGCAGACUCAGGGCACUACGACGCGCCGCCAGACUCGCUGCACCACCCGCACUCACUCACGCGCAGUUACUCCGGCAGGUCGUUCUCUAAGAAGACGGUGACGGAGCUGACAGACAGCGGAGUGUCGGUAGUAUCUGAAGGAGGCGUGGAGCCCCGCAUCUUGCUCUGGAUGGCGGAGGGCGAGCGCCUGGACCGCCUGGACCGCGGCGAGCGAGACCGCGGCGACCGCGACCGCGCAGACCGCAGCGAGCGCCGCCACCACUCGCGUGCCUCGUCCGCAGACCGCGACGACCUGCGCCGCAAGGACAAACCGCCACGGGCCGCACGCGGCAGUGGCAGUAAGUCGAGCAGUACGAGCGGCGGCGGCGCGGAGAGCCACACGGUGGUGGUGGUGACGUUCCUGGACGAGAACGUGCCCUACCGGUUCAAGGUGCCCGCCUCGCCGCUCACCCUCAAGACCUUCAAGGAUUAUCUGCCUAGGAAGGGCAACUAUAGAUACUUCUUCAAAACGAAUUGCGCCGAUCUAGACACGGUGAUCCAGGAGGAAGUGAGCAGCGACUCGGACACACUGCCCAUGUUCGAAGGUAAGGUCAUGGCGCGCGUCAAGAGCAUCGACUAGGCGACACACCACCGUCUCACAACAACAACAAAAGGAGAAAACAGAAGAAAUACCUACACACAUUAUGUCAAAACGUAGUUGGAUAAUCUCUCAUUUAGAAAGUCAGUCAGUGCUCUCAGAUUUUCAUGGACACUUUCAAACUGAAUCGCUCAGUAAAUUAAGCUCAUGGACGUCUUAAUUGAAAUGUUUUAAAUACCCCAGUUUCUACACUUAUUGUGAUCAAAGAAUUGAUAUUCGAUUACUUUAUGUAUUCGAAUGUCAACAACUACAAAGUUAUAGUUUCGUUCAAUUUAUGAAUCAGUCUGAAGAGGUAUAAAUAUGUGUUCUGAUUGUUGGUAGAGUGCUAUAUUUAUUUUCAUGGUGUUAAUACUGACUUGGUUGUAUGCUGUAUUGAUGUUAAAUGAGAAUAUGAUCAAUAUUGUCCACGUAUAAUGUGAGGUAUUGUCGAUAACAAUAAUGAAUUCGUCGUACAUGUAACCAUCGAUGUAUGGACACGCCAGUGUGAACGCGUGCAAGCUUCUGCGCCAGUGUGUACUGCCCUUAUAUGUCGCCCUGUCACAUGGUAUAAUAUUAUGUUGUUGUCACCCAGUGAAGUUGAUUUUUUUAUCAUAAUUUUCUUUAAUCGAAAACAGAUAAUAAACUUUUUUAAGUACCGUACAGCGACAGGGCGGCAAUAGAUUAAAUAAAUUAUUUAUUUUAAAAACAUUACGAUAAGUGUAAUCGUAAUAAGUAUAACUGCGCGACAUUGUAUAAAUUCUGUUCCUCAUUGACUCUUUAAGCUUUUUUUAAUUAAUUUUAAUUAUUUUUUUACUACGAGCUAGUUGAGUACGCUUACUAUUGUACGAUAUUUUUUUAAAUCGCAGAAUGACGGUAUGCAAACAUUUUUUUUAUAUUCCUAGUGUUACAUGAAUGACUGCUUAGUUUGUAUAUUUUUAAAUUAAUAUUUUAGAUAUAAAAUGACGUGUUCUGUUUAAAUAUAAAAUAUAAUUUCGUUGAAAUUGAAGAUUCGUAAUUAUUGAUGGGAGUAUGAAAUUUUAUCAAAAUAACGGUGUUAAAGAUGCUGGUGAUUGGUUCGUUGUUUAUUUUAUUUCCUUCAAAGUACAAUUAGUUUUAUAAUUACAAAUAAUUACUGAAAUUGAAUUAUGAUAUGAAAAAUUUAAUUAAAAUGAAUAUUUUUUAUGUAUGUACCAAGAGUCAGGCACCAGCAUUUUUUUCACUAAUUUGCCAUUUAUAUCAAAAUUAUUGACAAAACAAUCGUACGCACGACGGGAUCUCAAUCAAAUAUCAAUGUAAUGAAUUAAACUGCACUUAUAAGUGGAGACAUGUUUUUAUAUAAAUAAUUUCCGUUCCGCAGCUGUGAAUAGAACUAAUUAGCGAAAUAGUUGUUAAGAAUAAAUUUAUGUUUAUUCUGUACGUGACCGGUCUUAGCCGACCUCAGUCGCCUGCGGACUUGUCCUGUGUUGCGCAAAUAUGUCCUCUAUGUAACACUUUCUAUGUUUCACUUUAGUGUUAUUGUCACUUUUGAUAUGUGAGUAGUAGUGUACAUUGGCGUCAUACGAUUACAAAAAGUGUUCGGAUGACGUCAGUCAUAAUUACUUGUUCUCCAUACCUCGAUAAGGCUGCUAUUAGUUUUCUUUCUCCUUCCUUCCUACAGCACAGCACAAGUGUGUGGGCGACUGAGCCAGAGUACUUUUGCUAUAAUAUCAUUGCCAGACUGAGUUUCCCUAAGUCAACUUUCAAAUAAAUUAACUAGUCUACGUUUGCGUUGCAUGAAACUUGUCAUCUGAGACAAUAUUACGAAAUGAUCAUUUUUAACUAAUGUUAGCGUUUAUAUCGUGUUUAAAUAUAUUCUGUGGUCGGAUUUCGGAUCGAGUGUCGUGCAAUGCGAAUAGAAUACCAGUACUUAUUUCGCAUAUUGUAUAAUAUUGUGUAAGUUAGCAUGUCAGGUCCGGUCCAUUAUGUACCAACACUUCGGAUUGUAUUGUCUGUCUCAACUUUUCCAAAUACAGAUAUGUUUGUGUCUUAAAUAUUAUUUGUUAUCCCACAUUGGAAUGAUGUUAACAGCUUGUUAUCCUUUCUACAUGUUUGUCAAAGUUUCGACAGACGAUACCACCCGCAGUGUUGCCAUGUAAAAUAGAAGUACAGAGGAGUGUUGCCAGCGGAGAGUGCACCUAAUGUUUGCACAUAUAUGACGAGAAUCGGGUGCGGAAUCAUGUGCCUUCAAUGUUGAUAAAAAUUUUCAUAGUUGAUGCUUCUAAUUAGUUGUAAGUUAACACAUUGUAAAUAUAGACGUAACGCUACGAUCGUUUCGAACUCUUUAUUUUUUAUUAAUUUAAUUAAAACAAAUCAUUUUUUUUAUUUAUUGCCUAAGGUUGCGUUGUGAUGCGAAUUAUCAAACACAAAAUAUUACGGUUUCUGUUAAGAAUAGUUAAAUCCAAUGUAACUAGUAAUGUUGUUUCCGCCAGAUGUUAUAGUAUAGACUCUGCUCAAAUUUAGUUUAUUUACUACAGCAUUGUUUUAUCACUGCCAGUGUGUUUUCCAUUUGUUUCUAAGUUGUAAACUUGCCAAUUCGACUAAAGCUAGGUUCGUGUGUAUUGCGUGCAUCGUUACGACAGAGUAUCAGUAUAGUAAGAUGUUAAUAAAUCGUAAUAUCUUGUGUUUGACCGCAGUACAUUUUUAUAAUGCCCAGUAAUAUAAACAGUGACCGCGGUGCGCCCGGACACUUGACAAUAUGACUGUAUAAAUAGAUGAAUUACUAUAUCGUUUUUAAAUUAUAUUAUACAAGGCACUUACGAUGUUAAAGUACCUUUGUACUACCAAAAAGGUCCAGAAGAGGCGUCUCUGCGCGUGCCGACUGAUAUAAUAUGGUCGUAUAAGUCGAUACCCGUAGAGCUCAAGCCAACGGGCUCAAAACUAUAUUGGUUAAAAUGCUUGUUAAAAUUGUAAAAAGAAAUAUAAUGUUUUCCAAUUUAGAGUGUACGAAUGUGAAGACAAACGAUUUGUAAUAAAACCUAUGUAUUAAUUUCAUCAACGAUACGAGACUCGGCUGUUUGUUCGCAACGGCCGACGGUUGAUAGUAAAAAGAAUUUCACUAAUCGGACUGUAUUAUUUUUUUAUCUAGCACAUGUAACAAUUAAAAAAUAAACUGGAACUGUGCCAUAUG